AACACUCCUGAAACCCCAGAUCUUUAUUUUCCAAUAUCUUUAUCAAAAGUUAAAUGCUACACAAUCGGAUAUGAUAGAAACAUCAGAAAAUAUGAAACACCAGAAUUAACAGCGUUUCAAAAUUACAAAUUUUUAAUGACAAAUGAGACUUAUUUCGACGAUGCCAAUGGGUCACAUGUUUCUUAAUGAUGUCCCAUACUACAUCUGCAAUACUGACUUUUGCAACAUUGAUAUUGAAACUGCAUUGACUAUGGCCAGAAAUGCCACCACGACAGCAGACAACGGUUUGGACAAUCGAAAUGUUAUUUAUGGAUUAUUUCUUAUUCCUAUAAUUCUAUGGUUGAAGUUUUGAAA